ACGGGAUCGCGCGCUCACAUUUAAAGGAGAAGCCGUGGGCUUCUGGUAGCCAGCGCGCUCACGUUUAACCACGUUCAUAGCCAGGCUAUUGUAGUUUAUCACACACUAUUCAAGUACUUCAUUAUUUACAUAACAUACAUACAUAUUUUUUCUUUCUUUCUUUCUUACAGCGCGGACGUUAAUAGUGUUUCGGUUCGGACCGACCAGGGACGUGUCAGUUUGGAUCCUCGUCGAGCUCCACGGGAAAGGGAAGAUCGAUUCCGCCGUUAGAAUAGAAUGGAUACCGAGAUUUAUUUUUCCACCACGAGGCGCUGAUAAAUAAGUUGGAGUGCUCGGUAUUUCUGUCGAAGCGCCACUGCGCAGAGGAAAGUGUGCCGGCGGUACAAAGCGGACGGUUCGAGAGGAAACACUCGAGCGCUUUCAUGAGGAGAAGAACAGCGGCGUUAUUCGAGCAAACCUCUUCGUGACUGUCCCGCUCUGUGUCCCGAUCUACCGCCCAGUUUAGCCCAUUACAGCCUGGGAUUUUUCUUUCUCCUUUUCUUUUUUUUAUUCCUUUCAGCACCCACCGGUUCAGCCAUGCAGCUCCGGACCGUUCUGGAUGUGAAAGUGGUGGACGUGGAGAAAAGGCGGCAUCCUUCCAAACACUACGUGUAUCUCAUCAAUGUCACGUACUCUGAUUCCACGUCCCACAUUAUCUACAGGAGGUACAGCAAAUUCUUCGACCUUCAGAUGCAGCUUCUCGACAAGUUCCCAAUCGAGGGAGGGCAGAAGGACCCCAAGAAGCGCAUCAUCCCCUUUCUUCCAGGAAAAAUCCUGUUUCGACGAAGUCAUGUACGAGAUGUGGCAAUGAAGCGGCUGCGCUUUAUAGACGACUAUUGCAGGGCGCUGGUGCGACUUCCUCCCCAGAUCUCCCAGAGCGAGGAAGUUCUGCGCUUCUUCGAGACCAAACCAGAUGACAUGAACCCUCCUGUAGAGGAUUAUGGCACCAAGCGCAAAUCAGUCUGGAUGUAUGGCCUACAGGACAGUCCCACCAAGUCUGAGGCCACAGGCUUGGACAGCAGUGAACCCAUGGUGCUGGAGCAGUACGUGGCUGUAGCCAACUACGAGCGGCAGGAGAACUCUGAGAUCAGCCUGCGCGCCGGCGAGACGGUGGACGUAAUCGAGAAGAGCGAGAGCGGCUGGUGGUUCGUCAGUACUGCAGAAGAACAAGGAUGGGUUCCUGCCACAUAUUUGGAUGCUCAGACCGGCACUAGAGACGACCUGGACUUGGGAACGUCUAGAUCAGGAGAGGUUACUAAGCGGCGCAAGGCCCAUCUGAAGCGACUGGACCGGAGGUGGACACUAGGGGGCAUAGUCAACCGCCAACAGAGUCGAGAGGAAAAGUACAUCACUGUGCAGCCCUACACCAGUCAGGGUAAGGACGAGAUCGGGUUUGAGAAAGGAGUAACCGUGGAGGUCAUUCAGAAGAACCUAGAGGGAUGGUGGUAUAUCAGGUACUUGGGCAAGGAGGGCUGGGCCCCAGCUUCAUACCUGAAGAAGCUGAAGGACGACCUCUCCCCGAGGAAGAAGACCCUGACUGGCCCCGUGGAGAUCAUCGGUAACAUCAUGGAGAUUAGCAAUCUGCUCAACAAGAAAGCCGUCAGCGAGAAGGAUGUGCAGACGGAUGGAGAGGCCACCACACCAGAUCGCCACAUAUCCAAGAGCGAGAUCAGUCUUCCCAUGCCAUGUGCCCCUGAAGCAGAUCAAGCUUCAAAGACAGCCAGCCCCGCCCCAAAGGCAAUUUUGCAGUCUGCAUGUAGUGCCACCCCACAAGACACUAAGCCAAAGGCAGAGCCGGGCUCGCCUGCUAUAGCAAGAGUUGCGCCACACAGAGUGGAGAUUGGAUUUGAAGCAAUAGGAUCUCCAAACCUCAGACAGAAACCCCCCCCUCGCAGAGAUACAAAUCUGGGAUUCCAGCUGCCAAAGCCUCCAGAGCCCCCUACCGUGGAAACAGAGUACUACACCAUUGCAGAGUUUCAGUCCUGCAUCUCAGAUGGCAUCAGCUUCCGUGGAGGACAAAAGGCUGAUGUAAUAGAGAAGAACUCUGGCGGCUGGUGGUAUGUCCAGAUUGGGGACAUGGAGGGUUGGGCACCUUGUUCCUACAUUGACAAGCGCAAGAAGCCUAACCUAAGCAGGAGAACUAGCACACUUACUCGGCCCAAAGUGCCACCCCCAGCACCACCUGUCAAAAAGCAGGAUUCAGAGGACACUUGUCCCAGUGCUUCCGCCUCCAAAGCUCCAGAAUCCCCCAGUCGGCCUGUAUAUGAGGAGCCAGAGUACGACAUUCCCGCUAUCGGAUGUGACCUGGAAGUGGACACAAGCAUUAUAAAAAAGGAGCCUCGUCCUGUGCUUAUAAAAAGCAGCAAAGCUGCUGCUGAAAGAAUCGCUCAGGCUACAGGUAAAGCCUCACCUCUUUUUACUGUGAAGACUUCCCCCUUAAGGAACGAACAUGCAGUAGAAGAAGUCACCAGAGAGGAGGCAAUUUAUGAGAAUGAUGGUUUUCGAUAUGCCUCCGAUGACUUUGUCUCUGCCAGAGAAUCUAGUGCUGUGGGUUCAGAAUCCCCAAGAAGUCGUACUUUGGGUCGCAAACCCCUGGGGUCCUCAUCUGCAGGAGGAAAAUCUUACAGGGACCCUCCAGAUUUGCGCACUCAGUCACUAACCCGUGGCGAGAAGACUAGUCCAAGAUUGUCUUCAGAUGAAUCUGGCCGUAAUCCCAAAAGGGAGCCAGUUUUGCGCAAGGAUGUGGAGCUCCGAAUUGGCCAGAGCCCCUCAACUCGUCCCAAGCCAGUGGUUCGACCCAAGCCCCUAUUGACCAAGUCUGAAACACAGAGCCCAGAGAGGAUGGACAUAAGUAGCUUGCGGCGGCAGUUGCGUCCUGCAGGAAUUCGGCAUGGGAUAGUCCGUGCACGUGGUGAGAAUGACUCUGAGACUGCAUCAGUGGUGUCAUCAGAGGAUUCUGUGACCUCCCGUAGCACUUCUGACCUCUCCAGCACCUAUUCUAAGGGCAGCAGAGGGGACUCUGAUUAUGAGGGUGCCUUGUAUCGUACUACAGAUGCGUAUGAGCGGGCACAAGAAUCCGAGCUCAGCAUUCCUGCUGGUGUGGAAGUGGAGGUACUGGAAAAGCAGGAGAGCGGCUGGUGGUAUGUGCGCUGGGGUGUAGAUGAGGGCUGGGUACCCACGUUCUACCUAGAGCCUAUUAGGCAACCUUCAGAUGCAGGCAUCUCAGAGUCUCAUGACGGAUCCCUGGCAGAGCUGAGCAACACCAGCAAGUCGAACAGCUUAGAAAAGAAUGAGCAACGUGUCCAGGCUCUCAAUAACCUAAAUCAGCAGAAUCUGCGUCGCGCAACAAAUCCCAGCCCUCCUAUUCCCAAUAAGCCACCCGGUGGCUUUGGUAAGCCAUCCCCCCAGCUCAACGGUUCAAGUGUACGAAUGAGGAAUGGCGUUCGUCAGGCAGCUGUGCGACCACAGUCGGUUUUUGUGUCCCCACCACAGCCUGUGAAGGAUACCAAUUUAUACACAGGGUCCCUAAGGCGCAACGAAUCACUAGGUGCCAGCGAUCACAUGAGGUCUAGUGGUGGUGUGCGCCGAAACUCUUCCUUCACUGCUGUACGCCCACAGCCUGUUACCGACGUAAGGAUGAGGGCAGGAACCACCACAGUUGCACCAGCAGGAAGCUCUAGCCCCUUGAUUGCUCAGAGAAAUGGAAUUCCAGUCUCCACAGUGAAGCCCAAACCCAUAGAGAAGACACAUCUCAUUCAUAACAACCUACGGGAAGUCUAUGUCUCCAUUGCAGAUUAUCGUGGAGACGAGGAGACUAUGGGCUUCCCUGAAGGCACCAGUCUGGAGGUUCUAGAAAAGAAUCCUAAUGGAUGGUGGUACUGCCAGGUUCUAGAUGGCCUUCAAGGAAGGAAAGGCUGGGUGCCAUCCAACUACCUUGAAAGAAAGAAAUAGCACCAACUCACCUCCCCAAAGAAUGUUAGUUAAAUUUAAAUGUACAUUUGCUAUCAAACUCUAUGAGGAGGACUUUUUUUGUAUCAAUAUGAGACACUUUAGUGCUGGUUUACUUAAAAAGUACAUAAGACUCUAAAGAUGAUCAAUUAUGUGUAAGUGGAGUACGCAAGUACGAAAAUGCCAUCAAGCAAAACUGGGCUAUUCCAGUGUCUUAAGCAUCAUUGGAGGAUAAUGUCUCCAGUCUGAAAGAAGAAUAACAAAUGAUUUUGAUAGAGUGGUAGAACCAGGCAAAUGUUGAGAGAAAUUUUAUGCCAAAUGGGUGCCUUUGUCCAUCAUUGACUGAAUGUUAAACGGAAUAAUUUAAACACCAGUGAAUCAGUAUAAGUACCAAACUUCAACUUGGUGCCAUAGGCCUAUUAGUGCAGAAAUCAACCAAAACUAUUUUUGCUAUGAAAUUACAGAAAAAAGAGAAACGGAGAGAUUUCAGUAUGGGAGUAACACACAAAACGAGUGGGCACUCAAAAAUAAGAAUGUAAGACAUCGGUUACGCAAAUAACAAAUGGUUUUUACCGUUGAGUGCAUUUAAAGAUUACAUUUGAAUUUCAUAUUUUUAAACUUUUGUUCAGUUUUUGUAAUUGCUUUAUCGUAUCUUGUGCAUUUUCAUGUCUUCCUUAGAGAUGUAUUUCUGCUUUCUUGUGACAUCCCUGCAACUCUAUCAGCCUGGAAAAAGAAGUCCCUCAAAGUGAUACUUGUCAUGUGAUCUGUCAUUUGUUCUGAUGUGUCUCUGAUGAGGGUUUCGUUAAUUGGCAUUACGUUUUUUUUUUUGGCUCUCCAUUUUCCUUUACCCCUUCACUUACCUAUAAAGCCCAGCCAUCAUCAAUAAAGGUCACUGAUUCAUUAAAGAACAAGAUGUGGUGCAAUUAUGUGUAACUCAGAUCGACAGGAAAUUGGAUACGCUAUGACAAGUUGGAUUUGAAUACUUUUAACUCACCUCAUAUCUGGGUAUCGAACCCAGGCAGAGUUUAGUUUACAAAAUUGCACAAAAACAGGUUAUAUUGCUGCUCUAGGUCUACUAUAUAUACUGUUUUUAAAUUUUCAUACUGGAACAUAUGGCUUAAUUUUCGCCAAGCUAUCCCAGGGAAUUAGUUACAUACAAAUGAGCCCAAAAUGUGAUCAAACGAAAGCAAAAUGCCAACACAUUUGCUAGUUUGUUUUGUUUUAGUAUUUAUUCUGUGGUUACAAAGAAACUUCGGUGUAGUCAGUGAACCCAAACGAGGUUUUAGAACUGAGCAAAAAAAAAAAAAAAAUAGAUAUUUAAUUACUAUAUCUGGAAGCACUUGAUUUUUUUUUUCUAUACCCAUAAAAAGCACAUUGAUAUGCAAGGUUAAUUUCAACAUAUAACCAUAUUGCUGGGCAGUAUUGGAUUCAACGUUGAAGUUACAACAGCGAGCAGUUCAGCUUCAUUAUAGAUUGUGUUUUCCUUGAUUUCAAAAAAAUGGACAUCAAUUAAAAUUUCAUCUAUAGAUUUAUUCAAUUGGAAUAUUCAAUCUUUCCCAAAUUAUUUGUUGUUUAGUAAAAAUUAAUAAAUAAAAUACAUUUUAACCCCCCUCUUUGAAGGACCCUAAUUCAAAAAAAAAUAAAUAUGUGGUUGUGAUCCAUGUCAAAAGGCUGAUGUUCAAGACUGCUGAAAUAUUUUUCUAACGAACAGUGCCGUGUGAACUCUUAGUCGGGUCAAGCACUAAUGUGUUUUUUUUUUUUUUUGUUGUUGUGUUGUUUUUCUGCUGGACAGUAUUAUAGUAUUAAACAAAAGUUAAGUACCUGCUAGAUUGCAGUUAUAUUCUAUUAAGCAGUAGCUAGUUUUUGUUUGUUUGUUUGUUUUACUUUCUUAUGUUCUUGUUGUGUGAUCACACUCGGACAAUAAUGAUGAACGGAGUGGUUCAUUUGUUGUGAGAUGGUGCAUUAUUUUGGUAAAUCAAAAAUGCAUCGAUUUAAAGAUGCAGUGUAUUUCAUCAGCACGUUAUUUAUUGAACAAAAAUGUUCUUUUUUUUUUAUAUUUAUGAUUAUUUAAUUUCUUUUUUUUUUAAGGAUUCAUUACCUCUUCUCAUUAUGCGCUCAGUGCUUUUGCCACUGCUUAAAGACUCCUCAGUGGCGCCCUCUAGUGAAACAGAUUGGCUACUGCUAUAUUCUGGUUAUAUUUUUUUAUACUGUCAUUGAUCUGAGGCCAACUGAUAUUUUUUUCCCCCCCACUGUUUUUAAAUACAAACGCAGCUAAACAUUUAUUCACAUAGAAUCUAUUUCAUCAGGUUUUUUCCCUACCCCCCCCCCCAAAAAAAAGCUGAUUGCUGCACCUUUAGCAACUAUGGACACUUCCUCUCUCAUUAUUGGACUUUCUAUAAUGCCAGAUAUUCUAAUUGUUUUAUACCUAUACAUUAUUUCUUUAAUUGGGGAAAACAAACGAAAUGUCUUGCACAAAUUACAAGAUCAAAUUUACCAACAGAUUCAUUCAUAAUUCAGACCAUUUAUUUCGGGUUAGGAAUAUCACAGUUAUACGUCAUAAAGGUUUGCUAAAUUGGAAGGAGUUUGACAGAAUUUCGUUUCAUUUCCCUCACUCCGCCAACCCCCCACCCCGACGAAGGCAUUAUAGAAAUGUGUCGACUCACUCCAACACUUUAAAUGGAUAUUGCUUCUGUCAAGUAAAUUCCAUUUACAUUUUGCGCUUUGUUUUGUUUGCAUCAACAAUUUACAAGGGAAAUAUUACUUCACGCUAGGCCUUUUUUUGUAUUAUGUAAUUGUGUAUCAUCUAUCCUUUAUGUUCUGUCUUCCUUUUUUUUUUUAAUAUAUAUAUUUUUCAUUGCGGUUUAUUAUUAUUAUUUCCUUUAUCCCUCCCCCUCCAUGUCUUUUUUGUGACACAAAUGUAAUGAGGAAAUGUGCAAUAGAAUAAUCGGCAUCUCACCAAAAACAAGGAACUGUCAGAGGUUUUUUGAUACUGGAUCAGGACCCUUACUUUUUAAUCUCAGCUUUUCACGCCAAGCCAAACGAACAUCGAGUGUCAUUUUUUUUGUUCCACAUUUUCCGAUCGAACGUUCCGAAUGUCCCGAUACGCAGGACAGAUGGACAUUGGUGCCUGAAUUUAUAGCAGGACUCUUUGACCUUAAACCUUCGUGUUGUCGCCAUUUGUGCUGUUGUAUUGCCACAAGACUACAUCUAACAAUAAUGCCUUUUUUUCUGCCAGUGGGAUCAAAUUUGAAGCGGGGGACUUUGGAGUCUUCCUCCUUCACACUGCCAGUGUUUAAAUGUUUCCGUCCAACCCACUGGCUUGUUUCCUUAUUUUCAAUUUAAAAGCAGGACUUCAUGACCAGCCGUUGCUUCCAUCCAGUCUUUCACUCUGUACCUCUACAACCACUCAGAACAGGGAUUCUCUUAACCUCUCAAUUAACCUUAAGACAUGAGAAAACAUUGCGUUGUUGAACAUGUUUUUCUUUUCUACAAUUUACUAAGUCCCUGUGAGACUCUUAUUGUUUCAAUGUAACAAGGCCACUUUAGCAUAAGAGAGUGUAGCUCUGUAAAGAUAAGGAUAGGAAAUUGUACUUUUUCUUGUUGGGUCAGAUUUACCUUCAGUUUGUGUCUCUGACCUGGGAGGCUGCGUUAAACCUAAUUACAGCUGGCCGUUAAGAUCCAAGUAUGCACCUUAAAUCAUUUUAAACAAUAUUCAUGUUUCCAAGGGAUAGAUACCUACUAAAGGUAGAAAAUAAUGCUCCCUUGAUGGUACCACCCCACUGCCAAGGAAAAGUACAGUGUGUUCCCGUUAUUUCUGAGAGUAACUGGAUCAAAGAACAUCCUAAAAAACAAUUUUAUUCUUGGUCUGAAGUGGAGGAUUUCAGAGGCCUUUUGAUCUAUCGGAUGUUCUCGUUCACCAGGGAAGUCACUCAUGAGAGCCCGAGCCUUUGCUGUUUGAAAAGUCGGCUGAGUGAAACAGAACUGAUGCAGCACUUCAAUUUGUGCUCACUCGUCUUGCUGGCUAUUUUUCUAUUGUUCACUUCAUUAUUGGGAACAAAAAGAGUCGCAUCCUAAAAGGUUCUUCAGCCUGUACUUUAAAGGUUCUAUGCAGCACUCUAGAAGAAAGGAUAGAAUUCUGGAAAACUGGCAACUUUUCAAAGAACCUCUGAGGAGCCUUUUUUUCUAGGAGUUUCUAUACCAAAUCUGAGACAGAGAUUUCAUUAGCCCAUUAGCCAUGUUUACAAGUCUGGAUGCUUUUUUUUAUUUUAUAUGCUCUCCAUUAGUGUUUCAAGAUCCCCCUUGCCUCUGAUCAGUCGGUAUUUGUCCUAUCUGAAUAUACAUCAGCGCUCGAGUGCUCAUUUUCAGCCUGUGUGUCAAGCAUGGGAUAAACCCUUAACGGCAGGGAUUGUGAGUGUGUGUGUGUGUGUGUGUGUGAGUGUGUGGGUAUGAACAUGUGGAGAUGGUUUGCAUGUUGGUCGUAUUUCUGAGAAGGUGGAAAGAGAAAGUUGAUCGAUGGAUGGUGUUAGUUAGUUCAGGAGGUGGUUUGGGCUCAGUUGGGUGAUUCGAGAUCAGGUUGGGCAGUUGUGAUGUACCUGCUCAGAUGCAUUUUCUCGAGUUGUAGCCCUGAAGACAUGAAAUCUGACAGGUGUCGAGGAAAACUGCAGGAAACAGAUGACCAGGCCUCAGAGAUAAUUAACGGUCAGUCUGAGGCUUGUAUACCUCCGUGAAUCAUUUAUAGCCAAGCCGGGAAGUGCUGACAGCUUGUCUGAGGUUUUAGUAAAAGCUUCUAGCCAGUGAAGCUUCGCCUCAGGCCUGCAUUUCUAAAAACGGACAGCUUAUCGCUAGUGCUUUGGUAGAUGAUUGCAUCUGGCGUUAGGGCCUUUUGGUAUUCCUCACGGAUCCAUUGUGGGCAGCCUUCAUUACAAAGCAGACGUUUGGAGCACUGCAGGCACCGAGCGCUGCAGUGAAAUCACAUUAGCCGAGCAGCCAGUUAAUUACGGCUCUUUGGGGGUCGCAUCCUGACUCCCAGUGACAGCUAACUGAAGAAAUGGAGAAGUGUGUAUGGAUUAAUGAUGUGCCAGCGAGGGGAAACAUCUUCCCAUCCGACGUGUGACUUAUUCAGAGCCGCUAUGACGUGAUCGGCGGCUCGACCUGACUCGAAAGACCUUUUGGGCGAGGAGCUGAAAGAGAACGCUAGAUGUAUGUGGGGUCUGGCGAGACAUAAGAAGUGUUUCUGAGGAAUUUCUGUAGGUGUUCAUGUUUGGGGUUUAUCCGGCGCUGUUGAUGUGAUAGAGCUGGAUCACGAGUGGCAGGGUGCUGUGUUAUUCAUGCCGUCUUCUUGAUGAGAAGCAGCGAGGAACGGCGAUCACACUGAGUCCGUCUAAUGUCUCACCGCUUGCUUUCUCCGUCGCUGUUUGAUUCCUCUCUCUAAUUAUCAUUUCUCUCGUAUUAAUUAACAGUCAAGGAAAUAACGGCAUGCUGAGGCACACGACGACUCGCUCCAAAGCCAUCGACCGCUGUGUGUUGCAUCGAGUCUCACUCUGCCGACAGUAAACAUGCCAUUGACAGCCAGCUUUAUUAGUAGGGGGGCUUUUAAUAACCUGCCCUCAGGAUUGGGUCUCUGUCAGUUACACAGACUUCUUCUCCUACAAUAAUUUCAUUGGACGUUCAGUACAUUUUUUGAAAGCAGGUGGUCUACGGCUAUACUGUUUGUUUUCAGCAAUGUUUCAUUGUUUAAUCUAUUUUGUAUUUUGUUCAUGUUUACAUUGUAUCCUGCAUUGCCCUAAGAGAAAAAAAAAACACAAUAAAAUAUAUCAUUCAUUCUUCUGUCA